UUUCGGGCGAGCCUCUGUCCCAUGGCAGGUGGUGCUGGGGGAGGAAGGGUGCGCGCGAGGCAGGGGCCUGGCCCUUCCCGGGGCUCGUCGCUACUGGGAUCUUCCCCUGCUGGGUGUUGUGGCGUGGCGUCCGAAGCAGCACACACCCGUUUACCCGGCAGCCAGGCUGCUGGAAGAAACAGUCAAAUGCUUUCUUGUCUGCUUUUGGGAGAGCCCCAAAGCCGCACCAUGCUCUGGCCACCAGCUCCAGCCGGGAAGGUGAUACGUCCUUGGUUCCUGUGUCAGAAGCAGAGGCCUGCCUGGAGCCCCAGAUCACCCCUUCUUACUAUACAACCUCAGAUGCCGUCAUUUCUACAGAGACCGUAUUCAUCGUGGAGAUCUCACUGACUUGCAAGAACAGGGUGCAGAACAUGGCUCUUUAUGCCGACGUUAGUGGAAAACAAUUUCCUGUAACCCGGGGCCAGGAUGUGGGCCGAUAUCAGGUUUCAUGGAGCCUGGAGCAUAAGAGCGCCCAUGCGGGCACCUAUGAGGUCAGAUUCUUCGAUGAAGAGUCCUACAGCCUCCUAAGGAAGGCUCAGAGAAAUAAUGAGGACGUUUCCAUCAUCCCGCCUCUGUUUACAGUCAGUGUGGACCAUCGGGGCACCUGGAAUGGGCCGUGGGUCUCUACGGAAGUGCUGGCUGCAGUAAUCGGCAUAGUGAUCUACUACCUAGCCUUCAGUGCAAAGAGCCACAUCCAGGCCUGAGGGCAGCAUCCGCCUUCUAUUGCUUCUUUGAAUAAACAGUUGCUAUUUGACAUGA